AUGCCGAAAUUUAUGUCUCACCGAUUUUCUUACAACAGAAGACGACAUGAUAGCAACAGAGUACGACUUCCUGGUGGUGCAGGUGCUCAUGCUCCACAUAUAAAUUUAACUUAUGUUGAUAAUGAUGUGCAUAUAGAAUUAAAAAAGGUUAUCCAAUCCGGUGAAAAACGUACACUCAUUCUGAAAGCUGAACAAUUUUUUGAAAUUUCACAAAAAAACGAUGAAAUCAAACUUGCUGGAAGAAAUAUUGCUAAUUAUCAUGGAAGUGAUAGCACAACACAACCAGCUAAGGAAGUUGGUUUAUUUAAAUUUAUUUCACGGUCUGAUUUUGAGAGUACUACAUGUGAACAUAUGUAUGAAUGGGAAGUACCAAAUUCAAAAUUGAGAGUGAGUGUACGUAAUCGUCGAAGUGAUGGUAAACGACCAAUUAAUACAGACUUUGUUGUUGAAAUACGAGUGUUCGGUACAAAUGGUUUACCCACUGAUGAAGGUAUUAUGAUGGCAUGGCAUAAUUUCGAGGGUACAUUUGUUAAACAUCAAAAAGAACGACAAGAUCGAAUUCAACAAAUGCGUAGGAAUGGAGUAUUGAAUCCUUUAGCAAGAUUGAACGCCAACGGCGCUUCAAGUUCAACUAGUGCUGCUACAACUACUGCUACUGUUUCUGUAUCUUCAACAACUACAGGAAACUUACCUACCUGGACAAUUCAAGAAGAAUUUGUUAAUAAGGAGACCUAUUCAUGUGUUAUCUGUAUCGAUACUUAUGUGAAAGGUGCAAUAGUGAAUGGUUUACCAAACUGCAGUCAUUAUUUUCAUUCAUCAUGUAUUGGAACAUGGUUAGUUGGAAGCGACCAGUGCCCUACAUGUAAUUUGGGUGAUGCAGUAAAACUCAAUGUUCAUCUUGUUCUUGCAUUAGAUGAAAAUCCUCAUCGACGAUUUAUCUAUGUUGAAAUGGCUUUCUUUUAUCGUUGGUGGCUUCAACAAACAGAUAAAAUUCGUGAUAAAGUUAAAGAAUUUGUUAAUUCAGGUCGUCUUGAAUUUAUUUCUGGUGGUUGGUGUAUGAAUGAUGAAGGAACAACACAUUAUAAUUCAAUCAUUGAUCAACAUAGUUUAGGUCUGGAAUUUCUAAAUGAUCAAUUUGGUCAUUCACGUGAACAAGCUUCUCUUCUUGUACAAGUCAAUCAAUUCUUUUUAUAUAAAAAAAAGUAUCUUCAAAAACGUAAUACAACAAAAACAAUGGAAAUGAUUUGGAAAGCAAGUGCUAAUUUAGAUCGUCAAAGUUGGUUAUUUACUGGUAUUUUACCUCGAAGAUAUUCAACUCCAGCAACAUUCUCGUUUGAUUUUAUUGCUCCAGAUGAUCCGAUCAUAGAUGAUGUAAAUUUACCAGAUUAUAAUGUACCAGAACGUGUUCAAACAUUUAUUCAAACAGCUCAGAAUGAAUCAAUGGAAUAUGCAACUAAUCAUAUUAUAAUGACAUUUGGUGUUAAUCGUAGUUGGAUAACAAAAACUGAUGAUUUUUUUCCACAUGCACAUCAUCCACAUGGAUUUUGGACAGGAUAUUUUACAUCACGACCAGCUUUAAAACGUUUUGAACGUUAUUCAAAUAAUAUUUUACAAGUAAUACGACAAUUAAAUACAUUUCCUAAUAGUCAAUUACGAAAUCAAAUCUUCAGUUUAAGUGAAGCAAUGGCUAUUGCUCAACAUCAUGAUGCAGUUAGUGGAACAGAAAAACAACAUGUUGCAAAUGAUUAUGCACAACGAUUAUCCAUUGGAAUUGAUGCAGCACUUGUCUCUUAUCCAAAACUAUUAACAAAAGAUAAUCAAUCAUCGACAGUAGAAAUUCAACAAUUUCUUUGUCAAUUAACAAAUAUAAGUGAAUGUUUACCAAUUGAAAAUGCAAAACAAUUUUUUCGUACAUAUCAAACUCGAAGCGGACCAAUUCGCUCUGAGUUAAUUCCAAUUUCAAAUUCAACGAAAACAAUACCUGGUCGAAUGAGUAAUGCAACAAAUCAAUUGAUUUUUAAAUAUAAUUUACCAGCAUUGGGUUUUAAUACGUAUUUCUUUCAAGUGAAUGAAGAAGAAGAAGAAGAAAAAUUAGAAAUAACUAAAAAUGAAAUAUGUAUUUUACAAAAUCAAAAUUUUCGAAUUGAAGUUGAUGAACAAGGAAAUCUAAAACGUAUUAUAAAUCUUCAAAAGAAUAUUAAUAUUACAUUUCUUAAUCAAGGCUUUUAUUGGUAUCAAAGUUAUUCUGGUAAUAAUUCUCAAUUUGAUUUUCAAGCAUCAGGUGCCUAUAUCUUUCGACCAUUAACACAAGAUGCAAAACCAAUAUCUACAAAACGUUCAUUAAAAUGUAUUAAAAGUGAACUUGUUCAAACAGCAAUUAUUAUUUUUAAUGAAUGGAUUAGUCAAGAAAUUAAUCUUUAUGAUGAAGGAGAAGAUAUUGAAAUUGAGUGGACAGUAGGUCCUAUUCCAAUUGAAAAUAAUAUUGGAAAAGAAAUUAUUCUUCGAUAUGAUACAGAUAUUAAAAGUCAAUCAAAAUAUUAUACAGAUGCAAAUGGACGAGAAGUUCUUCAACGAAUAAGAAAUUAUCGACCAACAUAUAAUUAUACAAUUACUGAACCAGUUAGUGGAAAUUAUUAUCCAGUUAAUUCUCGUAUUUGGAUUAAUGAAACAAAUCGACAAUUUACUAUUCUUACUGAUCGUUCAGAAGGUGGUGCAAGUCUUAUUGAUGGUUCAAUUGAAUUAAUGAUACAUCGGCGUUUACUUUAUGAUGACAAUUUGGGUGUUGGUGAAGCAUUGAAUGAAUCAGCAUUUGGUCAAGGUCUUGUUAUUCGUGGAAAACAUUUUCUUAAUAUUGAUUUACCUCAAACAAGUGCUCUUUAUCAUCGUAUUCAUUCACAAGAAUUAUUCAUGUCUCCACUUGUUACAUAUGCAUUAAUUAAUUCAUCUUAUAUGAAUUAUUCAAAUUUAUAUCAUCAAACAUGGUCUGCAUUAAGCGAUAUAUUACCUUCAAAUAUUCAUUUAUUAACAUUAGAUCAAUUGAAUGAAAAACAAUAUCUUAUUCGUCUUGAACAUUAUUUUGAAUUAAAUGAAGAUGAAAAAUAUUCAUAUCCAACUAAAAUUGAUCUACAAUCAAUAUUUAAAUCAAUUGGAAUAAUUGAGAAAAUAUUGGAGUUAACAUUAGAUGCUAAUUUAGAAUUAUCUCAAAUGAAUAGACUCCAUUGGUUAACUGAUAACGAUGAACUAUUACUACAAACGAAUAAUUCUACGAAUCAACAUUCAUUGGUUGAUACAAACAUCACUUUGAAUCCAAUGCAAAUUCGAACAUUCCGCAUAACAAUCGUAUAA